UAAAUUGUUUAAUCAAACGAUAUCAAAAACGCGCAACAGUCGGCUGCGGCAGGCGACAUUAAUCGUGACUUAAAUAUUAGAAUAAUUUUAUUUAAGUUCACGAGUCCGUAUUUUCAUUAACUACUUUAGUUUCACAUUGUUGUAAAGACAGUACAGUGCUGUGACAGAAGUAUUAAUUUAUUUUUUUGUUUACCGAAUCGAUUCAGAAAGUCAUAAUGGGUGAGCUUGGUACAAAACUGGGACUGGACGAGCUGACCGGAGGAGCCGCUACGAUCAGCAGAGCACUACUCGCUGAGUUUAUCGGUAACUUGCUCCUAAAUCUGUUCGGCUGUGGUGCAUGUGUGAAGAUUUCUCUGGAGUCCAACAGUGAAACGGACAUCUUGCUCAUCGCUUUGGCGUUUGGGCUAGCGGUAUUUGCUGCUGUCUCGGCAAUAGGUCAUAUUUCUGGCGGACACCUAAACCCGGCGGUGACAGCCGGCAUGCUGUGCACGGGCCGCAUCAAGCUAAUCCGUGCGGUGCUAUACGUCAUUGUGCAAUGCGCCGGGGCCGCGGCCGGUUCGGGACUGCUCAAGGCGCUGACGCCGGACCGCAUGGCCGGCAGUCUCGGCUGCACCGGCCUCGGCGUUGACGUUACAGAGCUCCAGGGCUUCGGGAUUGAAUUCUUCCUUGGAUUCUUGCUUGUCUUCAUCGUUUGUGGGGUGUGCGAUGCCAAUAAGCCGGACAGUAAAGCAACGGCCCCGCUCGCCAUCGGCCUCACCGUGACCCUGGGUCACUUGCUCGCCGUCGACUACACCGGCUCUGCCAUGAACCCCGCCCGCUCCUUUGGCUCGGCCCUCGUCGCUAGCAACUGGAGUCACCAUUGGAUAUACUGGGCUGGACCUAUUGCCGGCGGUAUUGCUGGUGCUCUGCUGUACGUCCACGGAUUUACCGCGCCACCCCAGGAGCCGCCCACCAGAUACAGAUCUGUUGCCGGUGACGAAAAGGAGCUGAAGCGACUUGAUGGUGGUAAACUGGACGACAUGGCCUGAAGUCGUGAGUCGGUGGGGCGGCCGUCGCUGCUGGUACCGGCAGGGGCGCGUCCGCAACCCGCCCGUCCUCUCUACCAGUACAGAACUAUCCUAUUAAACGAUACACAGUGCCUAUAAUAACCAUGUCGUAAAUCCACAAAAAAACUUUUAACCAUACCAGUACCGAUCGAAAACCAACCCUACGAGAAUGUGUUAAGAAAAGUUUUUCAAUAUUUUACGAAUUCGAAUUUCGUAGUGAAACAGAGUCAAAAUUUGGCCAUAUUUAAAAUGAAAUUGUCAUUUGUCAUUUAUUGUCACCAAGGGUUCCGUAAUUAUGUACAACACUAAGACAGGAUUUUUAUUUAUGUUUUCCUGUAAAGCAUCGCAUUGGCAUGGCAUGUCCUAUACUCAUUAUUCUUGUUAAAAUGUUUAUCUCAGAAUUAGAAAAGAGGUGAUGCUCAAUUUUGUUUUUUUUUUUUUUAUUUUAGUUCCGAAACACUGCGACAGACCGUGUUGAUAAAGGUAUUUUUGCCUUCACAUGUACGGAUCCCUAAGGUAUUGACUAUCAUAUUAAUUCCUCGCAAUUUGUCACAGUAAACAGAUUGUAAGGUCAGAAUAAAUAUAUCUAUACCACCAAUAUUAUUAGCUUUGUGUAUGUGAAUUUAUUUUUGGCUAAAGAAACGGUUAGACAAGUGAACGUCUUGUACAAAAGCGUCUUCGUUUAGGCCUCACGUGCCUCAGUAAAUCUCAAAAGUACAAUUAGUUAUUUCAAUCAAAAAGCAUUAUCAGCAAUUUGAGAUUAUCAGAUACGUAAUUAAAUUAUAUUUGUAUUUUAAUCGAAGUUAAUAUUUAAGGAAUAAAACAUUUUGAUAAAUCUUACUUACUCAUUUUUAUUAUUAUUAAUUAUUAUUAGUAAUACAUAAUUAAUUAUUUAUGUGGUAGUUGAUAAAUGUUACACGUUGCGUACAAACGAACACUAAGCUUAAUUUAUGACGGCGACACAAGGUCGAUGAACUUUUUGCGGGAAUAGUU